CGAAGGACGCAACAACCUCCAAGGGCCGAUUACUGACUCCCCUCCCUCUAUUUUUCCCAUUUCCCCUCCCUCCUCCUUUGGUGUGGCAAUGCUGCUCAGGGCCCAUCCUUUAAUUCCUGCUUUGGGCAUCUCCAAUCCUUUACGGGCCCUUUUCUGCCCUGAAGAUGCAUCCAGCCCUGGCAUUCUCCAACUCCACACAGCUUCCAGAGAGAUGCCUUCAGCUCCAGCCCAGGAAAACGCACCGAAGCCAUUCAGCGAUUUGCCAGGAAAUUGGAAAACCAGAUGGUUUAAUCUCUAUCAGUUCUGGAAGGACGACGGUUUCCACAAUCUUCACAACAUCAUGGUGGACAAGUUUAAGACGUUUGGUCCUAUUUAUAGGGAGAAAGUGGGCAGCUAUGAGAGCAUCAACAUCAUUGAUCCCAAGGACGCCGCUAUCCUCUUCAAAUCCGAAGGGCUGUACCCGGAGAGAUUUACUGUGCCCCCUUGGAUCGCCUAUCGGGACUUCCGUAACAAGCCUUACGGGGUUCUCCUCAAAAAAGGAGACAGCUGGCGCCAGGACCGCCUAGUCCUGAACAAGGAAGCCAUGUCCCUCAAAGUCACGGAUAACUUCAUACCUCUCCUGAACGAAGUAGGGGAGGAUUUUGUCAAGCGGAUGGAGAUAAAGGUUGGAAGCAGUCCGCAAGAUAAAUGGACAACUGACCUCACCCACGAGCUUUUCCGGUUUGCCUUGGAAUCUGUAUGCCAUGUCCUUUACGGCAUCCGGUUGGGGCUUCUUCAGGAUUUCAUUGACCCCGAGGCACAGAAAUUCAUUGAUGCCAUCACCCUGAUGUUUAAUUCCACUGCACCCAUGUUGUACAUACCGCCAGAAUUUCUACGCAGGAUCAAUUCCAAGUUUUGGCAGGAUCACGUCUACGCUUGGGAUGUCAUCUUCACGCAUGCUGACAAAUGUAUACAGAACAUCUACCAAAACCUCUGUUUCAACCAGAAGGGUGCCAAAGAGUACCGAGGCAUUCUCUGUAGUCUUUUGAUGCAGAACAAGAUGCCAAUAGAAGACAUCAAAGCCAGCAUAACUGAGAUGAUGGCAGGAGGGGUGGACACGACUUCCAUCACCCUCCAGUGGGCUCUGUAUGAACUCGCUCGGGCACCACACCUUCAGGAGCAACUGAGAUCCGAAAUCUCCGCAGCCAGAGCAACUUCCCGGGGAGAUGUUGUGAAGAUGAUGAAGUUGAUCCCGUUGAUCAAAGCAGUCAUCAAAGAAACACUCAGGCUCCAUCCAGUUGCAGUGACGUUACAGAGAUACACCACACAAGAGAUUGUCCUUCAAAAUUACUGUAUCCCUGCCAAUACAUUAGUCCAGGUGGGACUUUAUGCCAUGUUUAGGGAUUCCAGAUUUUUCUCCAAACCUCUGCAGUUCAACCCAGAAAGGUGGAUUAAGACUGACGACUCCAAAUAUUUCAGAGGAUUAAGUUUCGGCUUUGGGCCACGUCAGUGUCUUGGCCGCAGAAUUGCCGAGAUAGAGAUGCAGCUGUUUUUGAUCCAUAUGCUGGAAAAAUUCAAGAUCGAAAUAAAGAGAGGCGUGGAGGUUGGUACCACUUUUGGCCUUAUCCUGAUUCCAGACAAACCAAUCCAUCUGACGCUACGGCCUCAUCAUUCCCAUUAAUGAACUGGGUGAAAUUCUCCACAAACGCUUUCUUUCAAAACACUUGGAGAAGGGAUGGCGCUGCCAGCUCUUAGGAUCACGGUCCAAUGAUGUUCCCAAUGUCCGAUGUUUACUAAACAUAGAAAUCAAACCACAGUUGGGGCGCAGCAGGAUGUUCUGGCUUUCGGUCUUGUUUUUUUAUCUCAUAUAACACAAUUUAGAUAAGACAAAAAGAAGGCUCUCCUGCUCAGAUCUUCCUGUACACCAGAGCACUCUACUAGGCUUAAUAUUAUUAGGUUUAAGAAGAUUCCUUCUCAUCCGAUGGGAGUAACUUCUAGCUCAGUGGUUCUCAACCUUUUUAAUGCCGCGACCCCCAACCGGUCGUAAGUCGAGGACUACUCAACCGGUCGUAAGUCGAGGACUACUCAACUGGUGCAGCACCGUUUGCAGAAUGGGACU